AUGAGUUCGCCAGGCGCUGCCCAGGACGACGGCCCGACCGAGGACCUAGCUUCUGCCGCGCCAGCUCCGAUUACCUCUGUGAUCGAGGUGCCUGCAGAAGACGAGCCGAGCAAGCCCGACAUGGAGAUUGACGUCCAGGAUAUGGGCCAGAGGACGGACCCAACGCUGGGCACAGAGACGACCGAGAAGCCCCCGGUCGCGCCGCCGCCUGCCGCCCCCCGUCCGAUCUUACAACGCAACGCCAUGCAGCGAGUCAACCUCGACCCAUCGAAUCAGGGAGGCAGCUCUGCGACUCCAAUAUCACAGGCGCCGGCGCCACCCCUUCCCACAGACUCGCUCUCCCUGGCUCAGCUCCGCAAGAUAGUCAACGAGGUGAACCGGCCUGAGCAGGCGGCCUACGACUUUGUCUAUACCGACAUGGGCCCGCACGCCGAAGAGAUUGACGAAUGGUUCCAGUACCAGUUCUGGCAGUGGGUGCGCCUCAGCUCCGCGCAAAAGGCGUUUGAGUGGCACUGGAACCAGGAGACGACCGAUGGCGGUAGCAACGGCCACGAGGUGGCCUGGGAGGAUGCGGACCACGACACCCGAACGAGGUUCGUGCAGGCGGCGAUUGCGGGCGUGCAGUCGAAUGACGCGGCGCUGCGCUCGGCGUCGAUUGGAAAACUGGUGUAUCUGGUGCUGGGCCGCUGGGGAGACACGGCUAUGCCCAACACGGCGGCGCCCGAAGACGAAGAGGGAAAAGACGGUGAUGGCGCCACACGGAGCAAGGGACCCGGCAAGUCAAUUGCAAGUAACAUGCAGCUGCAGGCGAUCAAGGCCGGUGUCGAAUGCCUUGCAUCCCUGGAGGGCUUGCCGGUCGUGUGGGAAGCAUUGAGACAUGCAUUUGAGCUGCAGUGGUCUGGAGAUGCACCGCUCCCCCAAACCGGCGGCCAGGGCAAUCCCCAGGAGCCGCAGGAUGAGCUGAUGCAUCUGAUGACCAUUAUGUACAUUGCACUGCAAGAGGUUCUUAGCGACCCCGAAGACAUGUCCGCCUCGUACGGGAAGCUUCUGCAGUUGCAGCCGCCCCUCACUGAAUUCAUGAUGACGGCAACGGUAAAAUUGAGAUGGGACGAGCAAAACAUUCUCCCGCAAACGCAAAUACUACUGCUCUUCUGGAAGUCUAUCCUGCUCGUGUUUGGCGGCACCAAGGACCUGCAAAGAGUUAAAAAAGCCACCAGCGAGCUAAGCGAGAACCAAGAGAAACAGACGAUUACUGCCUCGCCGCUAGACUAUCACGUCUUUCGCCAAGAAAUUACCUCCAAAUAUCCGGCGUAUGUCCCUCCGCGACCUGCAAUCCCGCUCGAAGACGAAAACACUUCCCUUCUUCCCCCGCUUCCUCAACAUACCAGCAGAAACAACGGCUCCAAUGGCAUCCUUCCUGCGCCGUCCAACUCACAAAAUGGCGGCGCCAGUAUCUUACACCAACCAGUACACAUUGCUACCCCAGCGCCAUCCCCGCCGCCAUCGCCGGGUGUCGGAGGUAAGGGCGGCAAGAAGCAGAACUACCAGACGAACCAAAACUUCCCAUUCAUGUACCCGCCGCUUGACGCCACAAGUAAUAGCGCUGGCGGCAAGGGACUCGCGGCGCUCGAUAACACAAUCAACCGUCGGUGGGAAGGCAGCGAUAUUCCCGCGUCUAUCCUGGAGGCGGGCGAGCUGUUCUCUACGAGAGUGCGAAUGACGAGGGCCACCAGGCAGCUGUGGGACGAAAGAGAGGGAUUCCUCAAGUUCGAGCGAGGGUGGGAGCCCGAUAAAGAUGAAGACGAUGAUAUUGAAGAGCUGGACCUCAGCGAGCUCACUGAAGAAGAAAGAGAGCUGAUUAAAGAGGUCAAGGGUGCGGAUAAGGAGAUGCGCAAACCAGCUGCGCCGGCAGAGGCUGUUGAUUACGGUCCUCGGAAGGAGGAGAUGAGCGGCCGAGAUAAAAAGCGUCUAGAGGCGGUAGAGAGCUUCUACCACCAAGCUUUGCCUCAUCUACAAUCUCUGGUUAUUGUUUUGCUGCGACCAGUCUUUGCCAAUGUUGCGGCCAUCGUACAGCAGCAGGGGCCACAAGGCCCGCAUAUGAACCAAGGCAUGCCAGGUCGCAACGGACCAGGCAUGAACGGUGGGCCUAACGCUGAUAACGGAAAGCCAGACGCGGAGGCCCCGGAGCUGUCACCUGAGGAGGUGGAUGCGGCUAGAACCAGAGAGGUUACAACCAAGGCCAUGUCGGGGAUCCUGGUUCUACUGCUAAAGUGGCUGAGACUCUCGCAUGUUUUGCGAUUUGAGUACUUUACUCAGCUGUUGUUGGACUCCAACUAUGUACCACUGGUGCUCAAGCUAUUCGCCCACCAGGAUGUACAACAGGUUAUAGACAGCAAAAUGGAUCGCCUAGAGAACAGUUUCUUCCAAUUUUGCAAUCUACGGUCUCGGUUUAAAGAUAGGACAGAUAGCGAUCUGGAUCAUGAAGAAGAGGGCGAAGAAGGCGAAGAGCAGCACAACGAUGCACGCGAGCCAGAAAUUGAGGCGGAAGAAAGCGACGAUAGUGCAGCCCCGCCGCCGAUCAAGAGACGACGGUCCCCGCCAGCAGAGGCGGCACAGAGCGAACAGACGGCCGAGCCGGCGAGCCUGUCGGCCGAUGAAGACGGCGGCAACAGGGGCAUGCGGCCCGAGUUUGACGAGCUCGGCUGCGCAGUCAACGGCCUGCCCAUGGAGCCGAUUACCGACUUUUCGUGGCGCAACUUUUUCUCGCUUAUCAACUACCUGCGGGUGAUGCAAAAGAUUUGCAAGGGCAAGGCGCACCGCAACCUGCUCCUCGUGCAGUACAAGUCGUCGACGAUUCUCCGCAAGUCGCUGCGGAUCCCGCAGCCGGAGCUGCACCUGUACACGCUCAAGCUGUUCAAGAACCAGGUGCCGUACUGCGGCCGCAAGUGGCGCCAGAGCAACAUGCGCGUCAUCACGGCCGUGUACCUGCACUGCCGGCCGGAGCUGCGCGACGAGUGGCUCGCGGGCAGCGACAUUGACGCCGAGGUCGACUCGGCGCUGCCGCUCGAGCAGGCGCUGCGCGGCCUGACGCACUGGUUCAACGUCCGCCGGUACCCGGACAAGACGCUCGGCGACGUGCUGCCGACCACGGCGGCCGAGUACAGGGAGAGCCAGCAGAAGCAGCACAGUGGGAAAAUGACUCAGCAAGACUUUUUCGCCCGGGAGCUGGAGAAGCUGGAGCUGGACUGGACGGAGAUGAAUGGCGAUGAUGGGAUGAGCGAGAUGGAGAAUUGGUAG